AUGACUACAGAAAAUUUGAACAAAAAUCCACAAAAAUCCGAACCUGUGUCUGAUAGCGAGAGCGAGGAUGUCUUCCACGAUGCACGGUUCCCCGCAGAGGAAGAAGCUCGCCUCUUGAAAGAAUCCCACGAGAUCAAGUCAGAAGCCAACAAACUGUUUACUGCUGCCUGCUAUGAUCAGGCUAUUUCCUCCUAUGACCGUGCCCUUGCCUCGUGUCCCAGUUACCUCGACUAUGAAGUUGCCGUUCUUCGAAGCAACAUGGCCGCAUGCUACCUAAAGCUGGAAGACUGGAAGGCAUCUGUCGAAUCCGCGACUGCCUGUCUAGAUCGUCUUGAAAACAUCAUCCCGCUGUCUCCACAACAGAAUCUGGGUGAAGAACAAACUAAACGAAACCCUCAAUCGUCAGAACAGACAGACGCCGUGGUCGAGAUUUCCGGUGAAAACGAAGAGGCAGAGGAGGAGGAGCUCAAACGGUUACAGAGAAUGGACGAGAAAAAGAACGACGUGAUGCGGAUUCGGGCAAAGGCGCUUAUGAGGCGUGCGCGAGCGAAGAGCCAGCUCGGCGGCUGGGGAAAUUUACAAGGCGCCGAAGAGGACUAUAAAGUGCUUGCCGGGAUGGAUAACCUACCUGCAGACGAUAAGCGAGUUGUGCAGAGGGCUCUUCGCGAGUUGCCCGGGAGGAUAAAUCAGGCCCGGGAGAAGGAGACGGCGGAGAUGAUGAGUAAACUGAAAGAUCUCGGAAAUGGCAUUCUCAAACCAUUCGGAUUGUCAACGGAUAAUUUCAAAUUCGUCCAAGAUCCUAAGACUGGUGGCUACAGCAUGAAUUUUCAAUCAUGA